GAAAAUGAUGAUCCCUUUCACUUUGCACGGCAGUUUCAUGACGCAUUUAAUGAAAAUCUUACAAAGGCUAUUCUACCUGGUCCUUACCUUUGUAUGGAUGAAUCAAUGAAACUACAUCCUAUUGGAUGUGAAUUCAAAGCCCUUGCAGAUGCUCAAAUUAAUUUGUUUUUAAGACUAGACCCAGCAGAACCUUCGGAAUUUAUCGCUGAUUCAUGGUUUGGUAGCACUGACGCAUGUAUUUCUUUAUAUAAUUAUGGUCUUUAUUCUAUUCUACAAAUAAAGAAGCGUCGUUACUGGCCCAGAAAUAUUCCCCAUGAUAUUACCGGUGCUCUUGAAGAUACUUAUGGAUCAUCCGUUAGUCGAACUUGCAAAAAAAAUAAUGGUUCUGGUGAUGUAAAAUUCCGUCGGCCUGUUGUAUUUGAUGAAUACAAUGAAUUCAGGUCAGCUGUAGACAUAUUAAAUAAUUUACGUGAUAAUGCUUUUUCAUAUCAUGAUGUUCUUGUCUCAAAACGUUCUGUAGAUCGUAUUUUUGCCUUUUACUUUUCAGUUGUGGAAGCAAAUAGCUUCUCUACAUAUUUGACCCCACAACCCCGAAACUCAAAAGCAAAUAUGUUUAACACCAAUGCAAAGGUUGUAGUAAACGUACUUAUACCUGUUGUAGCU